AUGAGAUCAUAUUCACAAUUAAACGUCAUGUUUGCACUCUUCUCCAUCCGGCCUCGAGCCAUUGGAAGCUCCGGACUGCUCAAUCAGAUCCGGAAAGCCUCAUCCAAGCGCUGGCAGGCCCGCCAACAGAAGGACCAAUUUACGAGAGAGGCAGCAGUGCAAGGCUUGAAAAGCCGAGCUGCGUUCAAGCUGUUACAGAUAGAUGAAAAGUACCGGAUAUUCCGGCGUGGACAAACCAUUGUCGAUUUGGGUUACGCACCAGGAUCAUGGUCACAGGUAGCUGUGAGCCGGACACAGCCGAAUGGUCGAGUGCUCGGCGUGGACAUUAUCCCCGCGCAACCACCAAAAGGAGUUUCAACAAUCCAGGGAAACUUCCUUGCACCUGAGAUCCAAGACUAUAUCCAGGAGUUCUUGCGCAACCCAAACCGAGGUCGAGCUCGUCAGCCCGGGGCCAUCGACGACGCCAGUUCCAGCUUGCUCGAGCCAGCCGUUGUAGCAGAAGCCGAUGCGACACAACCCGACAGUGCGAAAAUGGAAAGGACGGUGGAUGUGGUUCUCAGCGAUAUGAUGAUGAACACCAGCGGAAAUAAUUUUAGAGAUCACGCUGGGAGCAUGGACCUUUGUAACGCUACGUUACAAUUCAGUUCCAAGGUCCUCAAAGCAGGCGGGCAUUUCGUCUGUAAAUUCUACCAGGGAGCAGAGGAUAAGGAGUUGGAGAAGCAGCUCAAAGAUAUGUUUCAAAGAGUUCAUCGACUUAAGCCUGAAUCGUCACGCAGUGAAUCCAAAGAGGCCUUUUUCGUCGGGCUUGACCGCAAAGCGUGA